AUGAAUAUUUUAAGUGCUCUGAAGACAAGGAAGCUAAACCUGCAGAAUACAUGUACUUCCUACUACGACUUCUUGACCUGUGGAUACACCUGUCUAGAUUCCUUGAGGUGCUCCACUCUGCCGCACGAUCGUCCUGUACAGCAAGAACUUCAGGGACCACCACGAAUUUGCAGACGUGGAUUGAAGUACUACGAUGUUGAUGACAAGGCGACGGAGUGGUAUCUUAAUACAAGACGAUCUACAGCCGAGAUCAAGCCGUCCAAACGAAAGUUCUGCUUCAAGUUUCGAGUACCCGUAAGGCAUGCUCUACGCCGAAAGGAUAAGGCGGCGACUUACUCCCUGCCUGGACGAAGGGUGUCCCCUGAAUUCCUUUGCCUUCUCAAGCAGCACCAUGCCAGGAUGCGGGGUCAUACUCAGCUUCCGCGGAAGUAUCUGUCUCGCAAGCCAAGUUUCUCCUAUUACAAGUACGAUGCGGAUGCCAAGAGGCGCCACAUGCGUCCGGGAAUCGAUACAGCGGCCCCUUUGGAGUUCUCCUGCCUGAAUACGGCGUGUACUCGACACUAUGAACCAUGCUGUCCUCCGAAACAAGAAUCUCCGCCGCCUGCACCUUUAAGUCUGGAGGAUAUACCGAUUUCCAAAACGAAGUCCAAAAAGAAGUUCUCUCUGUUGGAUGAAAAUCAAAAUUAUCAAAUCAAGAGUAAAAGUAAAGGAGAUAAAGAGGACGUUGCGGGUGAUCUCAAGCCAACGGAAGGCCAGCUGAACAGCAGUACCAGACUACAUAGAAUUUAUGCGAGUAAUCCAUCUCUGAUACCGCCGUUGGCAAAUCCAGAACCAACUAAGCCACUGUUUUCCAAAUCACAAACCAACUUGGAAUACAGCUCUCAGACAAAACCAACAGAAUCCAAAUCUCAUUGCAGUUUAACUCCCAUGGAAAAGGUUAUGAAUUGUCCUUGCCCCAUUGGUCAACCCAAAUGGUUGCCGAAUUUCCGAAACCAAACGAUAUGUCCCGAUAGGACUGCAAGAUUAAGGAAGUCCCGUGAUCCUCGUUGCAUAGAGUUCGAGAAGAGUCCGUUUUUCAAAGCCAUUCAAGGAACAAAGUAUACUGCGCGAAAUGGUAGUAAAAAACCGAGGAACUCCAGUCAGACAAAAUCCAUCAGCGAUAAUAAAAUAUGUUCCAUUACAACCACAGACAAGGAGGCGGACAGUAGCUCGGAUGAAGAUCAUUGUGAGAUUAAGAGUGACCUACAUGUAUCUUCUCCUCCGGAAAACACUUUUUACGAAUCCAUCUCCUGCCAUCGUUCUCUUCGACCUGAUGUCUAUGAUCAAAACGAUAUAGAAAUUCCUCCGAAUCGCAGGGAAGCUAGCACAGGUUACAAAAGUUUUGUAAGGCGCUCCGAAAAACAAAAAAUGAUUGAUCAAAGUGGUCCAAUCCUGAAGUGCAAGAGGAAAAAGCCACCACCGUAUUGCUAUCUGUGGUCCGCCGUCGAUCCGGAUAUUCGGGAGACGGAGAAGAGACGUCUGGCGGCACACAAACGUGACCAACGACAAUUAUAUCCAGAAAGUAAUCCAUAUUCAUACUACUGGUCCAAAACGAAUCCAGAUAUAAGAUCCCAAACAAAGCGGAGAUUGAAGGAGAUUGAUAGUAAGCGCGGCAAUUCCCAUCCGCCCAAUAUAAGUCGACGAUCCAGUCCAGCUCAAAGUCUUGAUAUAUGUACUUGUAGUAGAUCCUCCAUUUACCAAUUUGUAAAGAAAAGCAGCUCUGAUUUAGAGGACCACCAUGGCUCAUAUCGUUCACAACGAAAGAAAUCAAAAUACUUUAUCCAAAGGAGCACUAGGAAUGGAAAAGAGGCCUCUGAUAACAGUUCCAUAGUCUGGGAAGAGGAUAACCCACCUAAGAAAAGUCAUCAACAAUGGACAGGAUUAGUUUCAACAAAGUUAGCUUCGGAGACAGAUACACACGUCAUGAAGAAACCGCGACUUCUGCCAAGACUUCAUGCUUUGGCCAAAAGAUUUCUAUGGUCAGGUGCUAAAGGUCUUCAUAUCAAGUCAAAACAAUCAGAAAACGAGUUACCGAGGAAUAGUCCGCAGUCCAGAGAUUCUAGUAUAGGUGGUUUUGGAAUACUUCGGGAUACUUUUAGCCAAGAACAGAGAGGAUUGUGCUCUUCUUCUACAGAAAGAAAAAUAACUUUUAGGGAUCAGGAUAGAAGUCAAGACUUCAGGGGACCAAGAGAUCCUAAGUUUUGGGCCAAACAAAGUCAAAAGGAAAAUAAAUAUCAAAAGACACGACAACUUACCAGUUUACAGCUAUCCUCCGGCUCCGGAAGCGCUAUUAACAAAACAAGGACCACUUAUCCGACCAACUCGUGUUCUGAGCAACCAUCCUGUUCCACACGGCCAUCAAAAAUUAAAAAGAAUCAGAUGUCCUAUCCAAGAAAAUCCUUCCGACGUAAGAGAAGUUCAUCACGUAGCCAAUCCAGCAGCUGUGGCAGCCAGUCAAAUGACCAUUGCUUAAUCGCAAGUCAACCUGUGCAAUCUGCCUGCCAAGCUCCUCAACCUUUGGUGCCUCGUGCGCAGCGGGAAUGGGAGGAACAUCGCGAGCGAAGUAGAGCCAGAAAACAAAUGGAAAAUUGCAGGCCAUGUACUGAUUACUUGCUCACCUCAAGGCCAACGGAUGCACGAAAUCCGGACAUUCGCCGAGGAAUCGUAACAUAUAGAAACCAUGAGUUCUCGACACAACUCAGUUAUCCCUGCUUGGUGAAACCAAACGAACAUUGUCCCAUGUACAGAGAUAAAGAAAAUAACUCUCGAUUAAGAAAACGUCGAUACUCAGCUAGAUGCUGCGAUGACUCCGAUGUCUCGUGGCACAGCAAAAGUCCUUCAGGAUCGGGAAGAAUGCGAGGAGGAAUAGAUUUCCAGGAGGACGUCUUCUCAUCACGGAUGGGUCGUUAUUCAUCACACACAUUUCCAACCAGUGUGUCCUCCAAGUCCGACAGCAAAAAACGAAUGCAUUCCACAAAACCUUCAAAGUCGCCUAUGCACUUAUUUUGUUUUGAUUAGAACCAGGACAAAGCAUGAAGCCCGACUGUCAGGUGGAUAUAUCUUUUUUAAAGGCAUAGAUUACCACCUGACAGCCGUGCUAGCAUUCUGUCAUGUACAAACAAAUUAUCGUACACUGUACAUUUUCAAAUUAUCACGUUUAAAGUUUUAAUUGUGUACAAACAACAGAUUGUAUUAUGACAAUAUAUAAAUGCAUUGCUGGCUGGGA